UUCCCUUUCGUCAGUCGCUGCUGUGUCGACUUCAGCUGCAGGAGUCACUCAGGAUGAUCUCACACUUUAGUUCAUCCUCACAGAUUUUUGUGCUUUUGUGUUGCACAGUUUGUGGUGCUGACAUUUCAUGUAGAAAUGAAGAUGGCGAGGCAGUCGAUUGGUUUAUCGUCUACAAACUGCCUAAAUACAGAGUCGAUGACAUCGGCAGUGGGGUGGAGUACAUGUACUUGGAUUCAUCAAAAGAAGGCUGGGAAAUGAGUAAAUACACGAUUAACUCCAGCCAAGGAGCCACAACAAACACACUGAACCAGCUUUACAUGGGAAAAGAGUACAAGCCUAAUGGAAUCCUCUCGCUAUACGACCAUCUAAUAUACAUCAUCUGUUGUUUCUCUCCUCUUCAAUCUCCAGCAAAGCAGUUGGUCUACCUUUACCCACGUUUCUAUAACUGCUCUGUUCCUGCUGCUUUCUCGGCUGACCUGCCACAGCUGGCCCAGUUAUGUGCCGACUCCAAACCACAGCUGUCCUCCAAUAAGAGAAUGGAGCAGCUUUUUUCAGCUGGAGGGGAAAAGUUUGUCAGUUUUGCUAAAUCUGAAAACUUUGUGGAUGAUAUCUACACGGGCUGGGUGGCUCAGGAACUGGGCGCCGACCUUUUAGUGGAGUCCUGGCAGAGACAAGGUCACGACCUGCCCUCCAACUGCUCGCUGGCCAAACACACCAUGAACAUUAAGAAAAUCCAGCUUCCCAGAUCAAUCCUGUUUUAUUCGUACGACGACCACUCAAAGUGGUGCGUGUCACGACUUUAUGAGGACCAGGUGACCUGCCUGGGAGACCUGAACAGAGAGAUGGGCCAGCUGUGGCGAGGUGGCGGUCUGAUCUGUUCCUCCAACCCUUUGAUUUAUAAGGCCUUCAGGCAGGUGGUGGAUUGGUACAUUCACUGCUAAUUGAUUAAGAAUCAGUGUGACGCUGGCUGACAGCGGCAGAGCGAGACACUAUGCUUCUGUCUCCAGGGUUGGCUGCUAUGUUGAAGUAACAUAAAGACUCACAUAUAAUAAUGUAUGUGUAUAAUUUAAUUCAAUUUUAUAUAUACAGCUCCAAAUCACAACAACAGUCACCCGAAGGUGCUUUAUAUUGUAAGGU